CAACAAUAAAAAAAAGAAGAGAAAAGAAUAACGAAUAUUUUUUUGAACUCUUACAUGUUUUCUUGAACCAUUUUAUCUCAACCUCUUUACAGUUAUUCUUUCAUCGCCGCUCCGUCUUGCCUUCUUUUCCAACACGAUCUCUGCAACACCCAUACCGGGCAGCACAAUGAUUUCCCGUCGAUUCCUUUCUUCAAUUACUACAGCCCUCUUUGUCAGUGCAUUUGGUGCGCCUGUGGACACAUCCGAUUGUGCUGUGAACAAAGAUGCAUGUUCCUGUCCCUCAGACACGACAUUUUACGAAUGCACUACCACUGCUGUGAUUGGUGCCGCAUUGGAGGAUGUCCAGGCCCUCACGGGUGAUUUCUUCCAUACCGAAUGGAUGGGUCUUGCACCCGAAAGCACCAAUGGCGAGGAUAAUGUGCUCGGUUCUACUCGAACAUUGACCGUUCCAACGCAAAAGGGCACAUACCAGUUCACUGAAGAGCUUAUCACACUCGAUCGUAAAGGCGAUGGCUCGUAUACUCUGAUGUUCAAGCAACAAAAUGUUCCUGUUCGAUACGAUAAACAACAUGGACCUGGAUCGUUCUCAGGAUUCUGGGUCACUCGCAGUUCUCACUAUGGCGGUCCGUAUCGCACAAAAAUGGUCUGGAAUGUAUACGCCUGUUUAACUGGAACCGUGGGAUUUCCCGAAUUCCACCGGUUAGCACUCAACAACGCAACGGCGACGCUUCAAAUGCUUGGAAAGAUCAAGGGCGUUAGCGAGCCUCCGCACUCGGAUUGCCAACCCUCGGGAGAUUUCAUGCAAACUUCUGAUUCGUUUUACAUUUAUGACGAGUCAGCGGAGAUACACCAAGGGCUGCGAAUCCAGGUUGAUUUUAAGAAACAAAUAAAUGGCUAA